UGCGCACACACACACACACACACGCGCGCACUUCAUCAGACUUCCUGUCCAACACAGCAGCAGUUCAACCUUUGCUUGGCUACAGCAGCCUAAAAACACUAAGGGAUUAUCUGUGAAAACGGAGUUCAUGCCAGAUGUCGAGCACUUCUGAUUUUCCUACUCUAGAAUGAAUGGCAGUUUGGGUGCGAGCGCGUACGCGGUCCAUCAGACGCAGAAUCUCGGGAUGGGUUUAUCAGAUGCAGAACCCGUCUACGCCCGAUCACCAGAUCCAGUUUUUUGCUUUGGGGAUCCUGGACAAGAUAGUUCUGAUUCGGGUUUUCUGUCCAACAGCUUUCAGUAUCAACAUCCGAGCGGUCCUUUGCACCGCGCAUCCUUUCCUUCUCCUCCUCCUCCUGCUGCUGCAGCUCUGCGCAGUGACCUGGGCUCCAACAUCAGCGUCCUAAAGACUCUCAACUUGCGAUUCCGCUGCUUCCUGGAUAAAGUGCAUGAGCUUGAGCGCCGAAACAAAGCACUAGAAAAUCAGCUUCAGCAAGCCCUGGAGGCCAACAAUAACGUCAGAGGAUCUGGACAGGCUCAAAGAAAUGGCGCUGUCCAUUCAGCACCAGACCUUUUACCAAGUUCCAGUUUAGUUGGUUCUGCAUGCUUGACCAGAACUUUAUUAGGACCAACGCUUAACAGCACCGGGAGCAAGGUUGGGGAUUUAGAUCCAGUAGGUGUGAUGGACUUGAAUUCCAAUCUUUCCUCCAGUAUCAAACAAGGCUGUGAUGGAUAUGAAACACGAAGGUUUUCAGACUCUGUGCCUCAUCAGGCACGCCAUCCCACCUCGAUUUGGUUUCACAACCCUGCCGAGAGGUUCAACAAUAGCUGGGAGUUGAAGGUUUCAGAUCGCAGAAUGACAUGGCCAUACCAGGACGGGGUUGGGGUUCAAAUUGACACUAUUACACCGGAGAUCCGGGCCCUUAAUAACGUACUGGCCAAAGUGAAACAGGAAAGAGACAAAUACAAGCAAAGGUGGGAGGAGGAGUAUGCAGUAAGAAUGGACAUACAGGAGAGGAUAGCUGAAUUAGAAGAGGACCUAUACAUGAGCGAGAUGUGCCAGGAUAAGCUUGCUCUCCGAGUAAAGCAACUGAAAUCUGAGCUCAAUGUCUUCAAGAGCCUCAUGAGCAACAACCUCUCUGAGUUGGAUAGUAAGAUCCAGGAGAAAGCCAUGAAGGUGGACAUGGACAUAUGCAGACGGAUUGACAUCACUGCCCGCCUAUGCGAUGUAGCCCAGCAACGGAACUGUGAAAACAUGACUCAGAUCUUCCAGCAGGUAGCUACACCUCCCUCAACACUGACUCGUCAAACGAAACAAGCCUCCUUCACUAAUAAGCCCAACAUUGCUGAGGACCCGGUCAGUCUUUCUGAGAGCGAGGAAAGCAAGAUUAAAGAAGCGGAUCCAUGUGGCUCAACAACCAAUCCAGUCAAUGAAGAAAUGCAGAGGAUACUCAACCAGCUGCAUGACUGUGAGUUUGAAGACGACUGUGAUAGUCUGGCAUGGGAAGAAACGGAAGAAACAUUAUUGCUCUGGGGAGAUUUCCCAAGAUGCACCUUUGCUGUGGACACUAAUGGGGAGCAAGAAGAGUCCAUUGAGGAGGUGAUAAAGGACACAGAAUCUUUAUUCAAGUCCCGUGAGAUGGAAUACCAAGAGACAAUAGACCAGAUUGAGCUGGAUUUGGCCACAGCAAAAUCAGACAUGAACAGGCACCUGCAUGAGUACAUGGAGAUGUGCAGCAUGAAAAGAGGCCUGGAUGUGCAGAUGGAGACAUGUCGGAGGCUUAUCACACAGAGCGGAGACAGAAAAUCUCUCUUUCCAAUUCCAGUGACUUUGGGAGAUGCAGUGGAAGGAGAGCAGGAAAAGAUGAAAGCAAGUCUUCAAUCAGAUGCGAUGCAGCCUGAGUCACACUCUGACAAUCUAAGUGACCCUUCCGUUGCGCACUUACCUUGAAGGAAGUACUAAUAGGCUUUUGUGCCUGUUAAGCCCUAUUUUUUUAUUUAUUAUUAUAUUUGUAUUUAAUGCAAUCAUAUACAGGGGUGCUUAUCCUCAACACCACCAACACUAUACACUGAGUUCAGGGCAACACCUGCCAUAUGACUUAUUUAUCACAGUUCCAUACAAAAUUUCUCCAGGUUACAUAUGUAACCUAGUUCCCUAAGGGAACAAGAUGCUGUGUCAAAAUGCCGUGGGAAUGCUUCCACGUUGUCCACGCUCUGAAUCACAUAUGUAAUCCGUCCAAUGGAAAAGCGUGGCCCACCGGCGGGGUUAUGUCACAACUAGGAAGCUAUAAAAGCACAUGGAGUAAAGCCAGCGCUAGCUUUUGAAAGGAAAAGUAAGCGCUGCAGGGACGCCGGCAGUGUGGCCUGGAGACGCAGCGUCUCAUUUCCUCAGGGAACCAGGGUUACAUAAAUAACCUGGCGACGUUCCUUUUCAGGAACUCGAUCAGCAUCAAAAGCACUUUAAACAAGAGUCCAAUACUGCCAGACUGACCAGUCCCUGCUUAGUGUGUGAAGGCACAGCUAGGUCGAAGGACAUUGGGCUAGGAGUGGCAGUGGGGUAGACCAGUCCGCAGUGUUACUGAUGUCAUUGAGGGAAACUCCAGAAGAUCAAGCCUUAGAGGCUGCCACACUCAGGUUGAGUGCGCUCUCACCCCAAAAGGAGCAGGACCAGAAGACUCAUAGGAGGAUGCAAUAGCAUCAACAAUUCAUCUGCUAAGCAUCUACUUGUUCACAAGAAGGCCUCUCCUCAGAGGGUCGUAGCUGGCCAUACCUGGAGUGAACUCCAGAAAAGACGGGGGAAGCGAGAGGGCCUGAAGAUUCUUCCCAAUUCUCUUAAGAGAAAAAUAGGCCAGGCAGAACACAUCCCUAGGUGUAAGAACCCUCCAAGAUGCCUUGGCCAGCAGUUUAAAUUGGUGCUCAGAUAGAGCCUCCAACACCAGUGCCAAGUCCCAUGCAGGCUCUCUUGGUUGCACCAGAGGUCUCAGCUUGCCACAGAGAAAAUGCAUCGACAAAGGGUCUCUGCUCAGUGAUUGCCCUGCCAGGGGGUGUGGUAAGCCAAAAUGGUGGAUGCGUAGACUUUAAGGGUGGAUGGAGUCAACCCUUCGGUGAACUGCUAUUGAAGAAUUUUAGCACUGAACCAACUAGGCAGUUAACUGGAUCCAAUUGGUGCUGAUCGCACCAUGCACUUAACAGGCGCCAUCUAGUGGCAUUUGACCUACUCAUGGAGAGAGCUCUGGAUUGGAGAAUGGUCUCUACCACUUUAGUGGAGAGACUGGAGAGUCGGAGCUGUGCCACCCUAGGGGCCACGGCCACAGUCUCCACAACUCUUGGCAGGGGUGAACUAUUGUGCCCCCUGCCUGAAAGAGAAGAUCCCUCCUUAGUGGAAUCUAUCAGGGAGGGUGUUCUAAAAGGGCAACCAGGUCUGCCUGGCUACCAUGGGGCCACCAGGAGGACAGAGCCAUACAGAGCAAAGGCAUCCAGUCCUGGGGGGCUGGGGGUGUAAGGAAGAACCAGAGGGGACAGUGCAAUGUUUUUUAAGUCUACCUGCACCCUGCCCAAUCUCUCCUAGAUCUGCUCCACCACUUGAGGGUGGAGCUGCCAUUCCUCAGGAGGUGCUGGGUUGUUUUAGGGGCUGCACCCACCGAGCAGCCCCAUGAGAGCGACAUGGGAAGAAGUGCUGAAAUACUGCCCACUGCGUCGAGCUCUGUCCCUUUCAGAAGGAUAGAGAUAGGAUAGGGUGGGCCAUAGGUGCAUCACAGAGGAGACUAGGGCGGCCAUAGACCGGCCAACACCCACAGUGGUCUCUUUUGUGGCCCUAAAAGCCAAAUCCGCCCACAUCUAGCUCUUGCAGCAGGUCAGCCUGAUACGCUUGUAACACAAUUGGGGUAUAAUUGGGGUCUUAAAGGACAAUGCAACACCUAGCCAGCAUCUCUACAACCCGGGGCAUCGACCCAUAAUCACACUUAUUUAGUCCCACUAGGUUGGAGUAUAACAAAGAUUUAAACUGAAUACGGCGAAUAGGACUGAGCCCAGGACCUGGACAACUCGGUUCGCAGGUCCGAAAGAAAGGCAAACCCCGACGUGGAGGUUGUGACGUAGUUCACAGAAAGCGAUCGUCGAGCUUACUGGACAGAGCAGCUUUCUGUUCAUCGGCCGGCCAAUCUAUAUCAAGUUUUGCUAUGGCACGGGUCACAACCUCCAAUAUCUCCUCAAGGCCUAGCUUGCAGAGCAUGCAAGCAAGUGAUGCACAGUCGGAACGAUCGCUUGCUUAUUCUUUUUUUUCUCUGACAUUUAACACUUACCAUAAACAUGAACAAACAGAAGCUAGCGUUGACUUCACUCCAUGUGCUUUUAUAACUUACUGGACGUGACGUCACCCCCCUGUGAAGCCGUGCUUUUCAAUUAAAGGGAUUACACACGUGAUUCAGAGCGUGGACAAGAUGGAAGCGUUCCCAAAGCAUUUUGACGCAGCUCAAGUUCCUGAAAGGGAACACUAGUGCCCUCCAUUGGCACAGAUUAUAUUAACAAUAUACUCAUCAUUUACUUGAUUAUCAUCGUAUUGAUUACAGGAUGUUGCGUGCUGUCUAUUAAAAAAACACUUGCGAAAGAAUGUUUCAUAACACAAGUUGUGUUGUUUGAUGCAACACAAAGACCAGCGUCUAGAUAAAAAAAAAUCUUUGAUAUUUCAAAGCCAGAGAUUGAGAAAUUACUUCAAACUAACCAAAUGCAAAUAGAGUUUCCCAGACAGCUUCAGAUUGGUCUGUGAAUUCAAAAUUGGAUUACACAGAAUCUCAUCCAGGACUUGAACCCAGUCCAAACUGCUCAGACAUAGGAAAAAGUUGAGAUAUCAUUUUUGUUUCUCAGACAUUUGGAAGAAUACAAGGUGGCUAUUUUGACUGCCAGAAACACUGCAACUGCUUCAGAACAGAUUUAAAUGAUAAACCUUUCUGAAGGAAAAAUAUAUAUGAUCAGAUAUUAUUUGAUUUUUAUUGUUGCCAACUGUAGACUAAAUAACACUUUCUUAAAUUGGGUAAAAGUUAAUUGUUUUAAAAUAUAAUUCGUCUGCAUACUUAAACACAUUAGUCAGAAGAUAAAAGACAACUAGUUCAGGAGUUUAGUGAAGUCAUGUUCUGCAAAUUCCUAUUUGUUGUUUUAAUUUGUGAAUGAAAAAUAAAUUCUCUUUGAUAAAAUUCUACCUAUAUGCCCUGGAAACACUAGACACAAAAACACAAUGUUUUUAUUACUAUUAUAUUUUAUCAAACAUAAAAUAGGCAGAAGGGUAUGCAAAAGUGGGUGGAUAGCGUUUUGAAUUUGUCAUGUUGCUCCCUGACUUUGAAUAAGCAGCAGGUUGAAAUAAAUAGUGCUCGGUGGCUUCGUUUGUUUUAGAGGAAGCAUGUGAUAUCUUUGUGCUUCUUGUUUGAUGGCUGUCAUAUAACAGGAUGAUCUAACUGGUCCUAACUCAUUUCUGAAGAAAAUUGAGGGGAAAAAAUGCAUGCAGUUAGAAAUAGUUAUUAAUAUUCAAAGCACGUGUAAAACUAACUGAAGCAGAAAUCAUCAGAGUCAGACACUGAAUCAGUACUAAAUAAACUAUUGUAAUGUAAAUGUAAUAUAAACUAUUUUAUAAUUUUGUGUGGGACAAGUCAUCUUCCCCCUUUUUUUCAGGGCUCUGGUCACAUAGCAAGAUUUAUACUGUUUUCUGGAGCUGGGUCAGUUUAAAGUCUCAAAUUAUUUGUAUUGAUGGGUACUGGAGAACAAGUGCUGUGCCCUUACCUCACACAGAGGGGACAAAUUGGGUUCCAAAACACUAGAUACACUAUAUGGGCGAAAGUUUCAGCAUCAUAUAAACAUCAUAUUAUACAUUUAGUCCCCAUUUGCUGUUACAAUAUCUACUUGUGGAGAUUUGUGCUAAUUCAGACACAAGGAUGUUAGUAAAGUCAGAUACUGAUGUAGGUGAGAUGAGGAGACUCAGGGUGCAGUCAGUGUUCCAAUUCAUACCAAAAGUGUUCAACAGGGUUAAGAUCAGAACCCUAUAGCAAGCCACUUAAGAUCUUCCAUUUCGAUCCAUGUAAACCAUAUCUUCAUGGAGCUUGCUUUGUACACAGGGGCAUUGUCUGGCUGGAACAGUUUUGGAUUUCAUAAGCUAAUUGAAUGAUACUGCCUCCAAAGGCAUUCUAUACAAUUGUGUGCCUCUAAUUUUGGAGUAACAGUUUGAGAAAGAAUCAUAUAUAGCUGGAAAGUGUCUCAAUACUUUUGUCCAUGUAGUGUAUGUUAAGACAAUGUCUAGUAAUACUGUAGUAUUAAGAACUCGCAUAAACAAUUUAUUAUGAGCUUUAAUUCAGGGUUUUCAAGCUGAAACGAGCUGUUUGAAAUAGAUUUAAAGCCAUGAUCAGGUAGACAGAUUUCUGCUUUAUAUGCAUACAGUGUUAAAUGCACAAAUUUAGUCUAAUGUGGUGACUGGAUUUUUAAAAAAAAAAGAUAUAAAAUCAUAGGCUGUUGUUUGCACAAGAUUUAUGUUCCUCAUUCAUGUUUUUUUUUCCCUUUUUAGUUCUCUGUGUAAACAAGUGUGUCCAUGUUAAUUUUUUCUUAUUUAAACUGUGCACAUUUACGUUUCACUCAUUUUUUUAUAUAGUGGACUUUAUAUUACAGAGAAACUGUUUAUUUUAUCUUAUAGCCCAUAUUAAGUAACAACCCUGUUUCUGAUCAGAACUAACCUUCUACUAAGCUUCUACAAAAUAACUAAUCUAAGUCAUUCUUAGAUUUUGCUUUUAGAGAAAGAUCUCCAGCAAGCUUUCCAGGAAGCUUGGAAUAAAUCAGCCAAUUUCCUUAAAAAAAUUAAGAAAAAAUGUAGCUAAAGAAUUUUUUUGUUGUUUGUACGAGUAAAAUUUGAUUUGGUCAUAUUUAUUGGUAGUUUCACUAAUCCCUUUUAUUCUAUUGUCUGUUUUUGUGCUAUAGCACAUUGUACCAUUUACAUGCGUGAAUCAUGACAUGCUAAAUCAAUUCUGAACAUGAACCUUAAUAGAUUACAUCUAAUAAAUGUAAAGUAGAUGGACUUUUGGUAUAAUCUUGAAAAAAAGUUUCACUGAACAGUUUCUAAAAAACUGAGCUGAUAAUCAGCAAAUAUUGUACUACACUUUUGUCCUGUUGUCAUUUGACAGUGAUUAUGGACAAAUGCAAACUUUCUUCGCUGAGGCUUGUGGAGGAAUUUUCUUUAGUUUAGAUUUUCAAGUCCACUCAAUAGAUAAAUAAAGGCUUUAGAUGAAGAUUUUUUUCAAUUAUAUUAUAGCAGUCGUGAUGGUUUACUUUUCAUGUUCUCUCUAUAUCUUCACAUUUUAAGGACAAAAUCAAGCCGCUUUAGUACAGGUUUCCUUCCUUCUUCUUGCCAAUAGAGACCUCAAAUCAUAACUGUUCUUCAGAUACCUAGUUCACAUAAUCUUUACUGCCAUAAUGUUAUAUCUGCACUCCUAAAUCUAAUAGUCGUUACUGUUACACAUCAGCUCCACUCAUUACUUCGUCUUCUGGUUCCGGUUCAUCACUGCAACUUUUUGCACAUGUUCCCUUCAGCGGAAUUUGCACUCAGUCUAAUCAGUAUUUCACAUUCUUGUCCUGGUUUCUUGUCUUACACUUUGUUUAGUGUACUAUGUAUAUUUAUUGUUGAUUGUUAAAGCUGUACAGAACCAACUUACACCAACACCGUUGGUGUGUGCUAAUAAAAACAUCAUGAAAAUCUUGAA